AUGACGGUUUCAGUGCUGUUCGUCUGCCUGGGCAACAUCUGCCGCUCGCCCAUGGCUGAGGCCGUGUUCAGACACAUCGCCAGCAAGAGGUCGACCGUCUCGUUCUCGAGGCUGGACUCUGCUGGGACCUGCGCCGCGCACCUCGACGACCCCCCAGACCCGCGGACGAUGUCGACGCUGAAGAAACACGGCAUCACGGACUAUACGCACGCUGCUCGACGGGUCCGGACGUCAGACUUUACGGAGUUCGACUACAUCAUUGCCAUGGACAGGGAGAACCUCGACUCCCUGCUCUCCACCCGCAGCAGGGCCAAGGGCGAGAAGCUCGCCGAGGUGAGGAUGUUUGGGGACUUUGGCGCAGACGCAGCCACGGAGAGCGAGGAGGUGCCUGAUCCUUACUACGGGGGCAGAGACGGCUUCGACCGUGUCUACGAGAUGGUCACCAGGCUGUCCAACGGCUUUAUAGACUAUCUGGAGCAGAAGUAG